UGGUAAUAUGACAACGACCGCGGAAUGCAUAUGCGUCAAGAUAUGCAAGAACCGACAUGGCCUGCGGAUCCACCAGGCCAAAAUGAAGUGUGAGGAGAAGGGGUUGGCAUCACAGUGCGCAGGAAGCACACCUGGUGAGACGAAGGAGGAACCAGGCCGGAGUCACCCCACAGUGCCCGGAGCCUCCAGGUGAUGCAGGCCCCUGAAGCUCACAAGUCAUCAGAACAUCGUCGGGUGCAGUGUGUCAUGGUUCUGGGUCAGUUCGACCCAGCUUUUUGGAGUUGUUAUGUUUUGGUUUUGAAUGAUGGGUUUUUCCUGUAUACUGGUGGUGGUGAUGAUUAUGAUGGUGAUAGAUUAUUAUUUGAGUUCCAUGUAUCUGUUUAUUUGUGUUUAGGAUUUGUGUUCUCAUGUUUUGUGUGGGUUUAGUUUCAUGUGUCAUUUUCUGUCUGUCUCUCAGUGUCGAGUCUGCGUCUUUGUGUUGUGUUCUUGUUUCCUGUUUUAUUGUGAAGGUCUGCGUCUCAUGUGAGUGUGUUCAGUUUUACCUCUGUCUGUCUUGUUGAUUACGCCCAGCUGGGUUCCCCAGCUGUGUGUAAUCUCCCUGUGUUUCUCUGUGUAUUUAAGUCGCGUCUUCUGUCUUUGUAGUUGCUGGUCCGUCUGUGUAUCCACCCUGCUUCAUCUGUGUGUUCUCCCUGCUGUUAUCUUCAUGUACCAUCGUCUCCCUUCCUUCAUGUUCAGGUUCGUGUUCUUGUUCGGGCUCAGUAGUUUAGUUAUCCCAGUAUAGUUUAGUUCUCCGUUUACCAUUUUGUCCAUCUAUACUUUUGUGUUUAAUAAACCACCCUUGUUGUUUUUUUUUUUUUAUAAAGUUAUAGACUUGUCCAAUCCAGUGGACUACAUGCGCCCGAGCACUCAGCAUGAAAUACUGUGAACUUACUGUAAAAAUGAAUUACCUUGUGUUCUAUUGUAAAUAUACAAACACUUGUUUUGCUUGUAUUCCUUGAAAAACAUCUCAGCAAUUUUUUGGAACUUUCAACUCAUAUAAUAUAACUCAUAAAUCUUACAUCUCAAUAUGGCAAACUAUCUCCAACAAGAGAAACAUUUUUGAGUCUACACAGUUCUAUAACAUUGCAGGACAGUAUUACCAAGCCCUCAUUAGAAUGCUGGAAUAAAACACAAACUGACUUCUUAGUCUCUGCAUCUCCAAACACUUCUAUGUCCGUCACAUCUAGGCUGUGUGAAAGUUUGCAAAGCAUCCAGGGCACAAUGGCACACAGCAAACCUGACCUCACGGGCUACUUUGGUGACUGCUCUCAGCUUCAUGGGUUGUGAAGCAGACAGUUAACUACCUGAGAGAAAAUUACAGCAGAUAACUAAUUACAGGCUAUUACUUUUGUCUCGGUUAUUGCGUUGAUGGAGUGAAUGAUGUAUGCUGGGUAAUGGCACAGCUAGCGAUUGGGUGACUUUAUUGUACCGGUUUUAUAAACUGUUCUACAAGCCUUUUCAUAUUUGGAAAUCCAUUUACAUUUUUAACCUGUCGUUCAUUCUGCUACAGCUGUAACAUAUCUUUUCCAACUCCUCUGAAUACAUGCAGUCAUUUUACCAUCUGCUUUGGAUAAUCUCGCUCUUACGUAUUAAAUAAAAUAAAAUAAAAAAGAACUUUUUUAUUAGGCAAAAAUUUUCGGUGCUGUUAAAGAAUACACGGCGACUCACUUUUUUUUUUUGAGAAAGUGUUGUUUCAUAUUAGAUGAGCGGCAGUGACGUCACCGUACUCGAUCGUACCACAGGUAAGUAAGAAUCUGAAUCUGUAGAUUUUUCUAUAUUAUUUUUCUAAUUUAAAAUGCAAAAAAUACUGAAAAAGUGAGCUCACAAAGUUGCUUUUAGCAGUUCUAUGGGUUAAGAUGAGCAAUUUCGUGGAACAGCGAAUGACUUGACAUUUAAGUGCAUAUAUCUUGCCACGCCACAUCAUCAUAAUCAUUAAAUAGCAGACCGAUCAUCUAUGCUGCAAAUGCAAAUGAAAUACAAAUGGACAGUAAACUGGGUUUAUCUAAAUCGUUACACUACACCAACCCUUUACAGUUCACAAAGGGUUUAAUGUAUAUAUUCAUUUUUACAUUUAAUUAGUAUACUCUACUACUUGUUGUAUUUAAAACAAGAAAAACUUGCAUCAACACAAAUAAAAUCCUCUCCACCUGUCUAUGGUAGCCAGUCCUCAAAAUAUCUCCCAAUGUGGCAACACAGAUAAAGAGAACACUGGCGUAUAAGGUGCUUCUAAAUUCUGAAUGAUUUUUUUUUCUCAACAGGUUCUUCAUCAAUCAGCCUAUUAUUGCUUCCUACAUCUGCUUUUUGAAAAACUCCUAAAGGCACAUUUAAGAGCCACGUCAGUCUGUUUGUAUCUGUUCUUACUGCUGUCCUUAUUGGUCCGUCUCUCUGUUUCUAUCCGCAUUUUUGUCUCUUUAACUCUUCAUCUUUUUUGUUUUUGUCAGUGUGCUGGUUAACCUAUAAUUUGCCUUUUGUCUGUCUGCUGCCUUUUCUGUGUGUAAUAAUUUUUGUUUCAACAUGACACGCCCCAAAUUCAGGGCCUGUACAUCUUGCCAGACUCCCAAUCAGGCAGAGCCGCACUUUAAGGACUAAAGAGCCGCAUGCAGUUGCCGACCCCUGGUAUAGGAGGUUGGCUAAAAUGGCUGGUGCCACCAAGGCAAAGACAAGUGAGCUCCCCGGAAGCUUGCCUCAGCUUACUGAAAAUGUUGGCGACCAAAGGCCGGAUCCAGGGAUGUGUGCUGCUUGUGCUACUCGCGUUAUGUGGGCAAACUGCUCGCUGUCAACAUCGAUACAAAGGCUCUGCGACCCGUGAAAAACUGAGACUCCUUCUGGUCGGUAAAACAGGAUCGGGAAAGAGUGCGUCCGGAAACACCAUCCUGGGGGAUGCGAACGCUUUCAAAGAGGACGUUUCGCCCGAGUCUGUCACCGACAGCUGUCUCAGAAAAGAGGCAGAGGGCGACAAACUGGUGGGAGAGGAUGUGGUGAAAAUCGGCCAGCUGCGGCUGGUCACAGAGUGUUACAAAGGAGAUUACUGAGAUUCGUUUGUCACAAAAGGCUGAUUCUGUCAAUACACGCAUCCUACGGUGAUAUUUUUAUCAUGUAUUCACAGCCACCGGAGGCGCUGUACAGCACCUGAAACACGGACAGUUUGUUGAUAUUGUAAUCAAAAAUACAGCCCCGGGGGGGGGCGCGUUUUUAAAACGCGCCCCCCCCCGUAAGAUUUAAAAAUCUUACGUUAAGAUCUGAAAGGCCCUGGGGAAGAAGCUGUUUGUGUCAUGGACCGGCUGUGUGGCGGGCAGGAAGUGGACCCAAACGCAGACUCACAGGAAAACAGGACUGAACUCAAAAUACAGCUUUAUUGCUGACAGUAGAUAAUAGCGAUACAAAAUAACAUGAAACUAAACUGGGAAGUACUAAGGUAACUGACUUACGAGGAAACCAGUCUAUUAAUUAACGAAAGACCAAGACAGACUUUUAAUUCAUUUGAAAGCCUGAUGCUUAGCCUCGUCCACCCCAGCUGUAAAACUCAGAAACCAGUCUUACUUGUUAU